AUGGGAAAUAAUAAUGUCUGUCUAGCUGAAAUACCUGUCAAUGGAACUCAUCACACCACCCCUAAAUCUUAAUCAAAAUGGAAAAGGGAAGACCUAAGAUCUGGCUCUUGCAUCUAAACACUUGUUGAAAAAGAAAACAGUACAGAUUUCUUCGCUCAUUUCCAAUGUGGUUAAGCAUUGCCUCAAUAUCGCAAUAAGUUAGCACAAUCAAGAUGGUAGGAGGCUCUCAAUAGCCUAAACACGAUAAACGAUUCAUAACAAACUAUUAAUUCGUUACUUGAUAGACCUGAAUUUAAAGAACUAGUUUUAUUAGGCCCACCUAAGCAAUUUAGAUGGCUCUGUUGGAUGAAUUUGUUAACUAAAUCCCAAUCUCGUAUUGGUUAUGAAAAGUAUUUGGAAAAUCCACCAACAGACAUAGACAAUAUUAUCAACGAUAUCAAUCGCACACUUGUAGAUUAUGCCUUAUUUAAGCAUCGAAGUUGCGGAUAGGAUCAAUUAAAAAGAAUUCUCUGUGCUAUCUCUAAUGCUUUACCAUCUAUGGGAUAUUGUUAAGGCAUGAAUUUCAUUUGUGCUGUUCUACUUAUUGUCUCUGGUUGUGAUGAACAUCAGGUAUUUUAAGCCUUUAUGUAAAUGCUUAUAAAUGACCAACAUCUUCUGUGUUUUGCUUUCUCCGACGAUAUGCCCCUUCACUUUUUUUUGACGAACUUGGUACAUCAUCAAAUUAGAAGCAAAUUUCCUUAUCUUAACUUAGGUGAUAUCAGUGAUUCAUUUUGGUUAAGCAAGAUGAUUUUAUCUCUUUUCACUUAUGUAUUCAAAAUGGAAGACUGCAUAAGAUGUUGGGACUAUUUGAUGGUUCGUGGAAUGAUACGUGGAAUUCCUGAAUUAAUACUAGCAUAUAUAGAUGCUACAUACACUUAAUUAUCGAAAUUCAAGGAGGAAGAUUUUGCUUAGAAUUUCAAAAACCCUGAAACUACAACACUCUAAUUUAAUGUUGGCGAACUCAUAUAUCUGGCCAAGUCUAAUCAUAGUUUAGACAGAUCAUUUAUAGCCAAGUUCGCUAAGAAAAUGAGAGAUAAGAAUGCUCCUUCGUAAUUAUUAGACCUUUUACAAUAUUACAACAAUCCUCAACUCUAUAAGAAACAUGUAUCAUUUUAUAUUAACACUAUUUUUUAUUGA